GACCUCAUCAGGAGGCGGGGUUUAGCGUCCCUAUUUUCUCCUAAAGCUGUUGCGGGGACAUGGCGGUUCCUGGCCCUGUGACUCCGGAGGCACCCUUUGAGCCAUCACAGCCCCCGGUCAUUGAGGGCUUUAGCCCCAGUGUCUACAGCACUCCAGAAAGCUUCAAAGAAAAAUUCCUUCGCAAGACCCGCGAGAACCCGAUGGUACCCAUAGGCUGCCUGGGCACGGCGGCCGCCCUAACCUACGGCCUCUACUGCUUCCACCGGGGUCAGAGCCACCGAUCUCAGCUUAUGAUGCGCACCCGGAUCGCUGCCCAGGGCUUCACGGUCGCAGCCAUCUUGCUGGGUCUGGCUGCAUCUGCUAUGAGGUCUCGAUCCUGAGCCCGAGACUUGGCCUUGAAAGUUCCGCAGAGAUCAUUCCCAGCCCCAGGAGCAACCACCUGUCCUGUCACCUGACUUAUUCCCUCAUCUUCCCUGACAAGUCGGAGGAAGUGGCCAAUUGUGUGACCGACACAUGUUUUUUCAGGAAUCUCAGAUUGGGUUCAGUUUGGGUGUUGCAUACUUCUAUUUGUGCCUCACUUUCUCCACCUCCUACUUAAUAAAUUGAUCCACUUGUA